ACAACAGAAAGCCAUUAUUGACCGAGUCAUUUUCCUCCAGGCUGUCCAAUGUAGAUCUGGACCCCACAAAUACUAGCGACCAUCAGGUGGCGCAAAGGAAUAGACGUGACGAAUUCUGAACGAAUUAAGAGGUUUAUUUAUUUACAUCAUAAACGAGCAGCCCCGCAGGAGAAUGUGAACGCGUCCUGUCCAUCCUCCUCCUCCUCACCACCAUCAUCAUCAUCAGUCCAGAGAGACCCGCGCUUGUUAUUAAAGCUCAGGUUCGCUUCACUCAUCAUCAGCUGGACUUAAUGAGUUAGUCAGUGAUUAAAGAGCCUGUGUGCUGCUGAUGAACUGGACUGGAUUCUGUCUCUUCACCGCUCUGCUCUUAAAAUGGAGUUUGUGGAGAGGAAGAGGAGCAGGAAAUCUCCGAGCUUUAAACUGGUGAAUGAUGCAGAUUUCAGCCAUGAAAUGGGUGAUGUAGACCAGAAUGACACUGCAGGAGAUGCCCUGGAUGCUUCUGAGACUGAAGUCUGGUUAGGUGAUGAAGGGAUGGAGAUAAAGAAGCAGAUAACAGGCAUGAUGCGCUUGCUGAGUGACAAGACAGGACGAGUGUACCAGCGGGUCGGACGAGAGGGGGAGACCCUCAAACAGGAGCCUCAGGAAGAGGUUCUCAGCCUGCCUGUGGCUCAGAGCCCGGCCCCUGAACAUCUGCAGUACGGCUGGAGCUCAGUCCCGAUGACUCAUGGGAAGUACGGCACCCGCUCCAAAACCCAGAGGAUGCUCAACCACUCCAAAGCUAAUGACAUGGCCUUGCCCCCUGCGCCUGCUGCCAUGGCAACUGAGCCCAGCUGCUGUAUGUGCAACUGCAAGAGCACCCUGCAAGCCAUUCUGCUGGAGUUACGUACCAUGAGGAAACUAAUCCAAACUCAGAGAGGAUCCCAGGACAAACAGGGCUCUCAGGUCUUGCUCUCAUCCCGAACCUCCAUCUCCAGGAGGAGGAGCCGAAAGAGGAGGCCGGGUCACAGAGUUACAGUUCUGACCAUUCCCACUAAAAGAAGCACACCUCCGUUGCCACCCGCUGAGACCGAUGCUGUUAAUGAGUGUAAUCAGUCAAGAGAGAACACGCCCCCAACACUGACAUCAUUUAUCCCAGAUCCCAUUCCCAGUGCUAAGAUUUCUCCCUCUCACUACAGCGUCACCAGAGGCCAAAGCACCACAGAGCCGGAGGUGCAGUUGGCCGAGGAUUUUGAGGUAUUUAUUCCUAAAGCACAGUUGGACUCUAUCUUACUGAACUACACUCGCUCUGGCAGCCUGCUCUUCAGGAAACUGGUGUGUGCGUUCUUUGAUGACGCCACAUUGGCAAACUCACUGCCCAACGGCAAGAGGAAGAGAGGUCUGAACGACACCAGGAAAGGACUCGAUCAAAACAUCGUCGGAGCCAUUAAAGUGUUUACAGAAAAGUAUUGCACAGCCAAUGGAAUUGAGAAGCUUCCUGGCCCCAGAGACUGGGUCCAGAUUCUGCAAGACCAGAUUAAACUCGCACGUCGACGCUUAAAAAGAGCAGAGACGGCCUCAGACAGUACUGAUAUUCCGCACAAGACAGAGAAAUGUCAGCAAACUGUUGAUAAAGUGGAAACUGUGAUGCAAAAUGGUACUGCAAUGCACAUCCUUAAUAUUUCACUCUCAAAAAGUGCCAUUGUUCUAAAGUAAGCCUUUCUUCUGUACCGCAGGUGCUGCUUUUGAGAGAACAGAAUGUCUAGUUGCUAUGGACACUGCCUGAGAAGAGUUUGUUUUUCAACAAAAUGCAAACUCCGACCCUCGCAAAGGAGUCAUUUUUAAUUGUUUUGUCCGUCUAGACUGUAGCACGUAUGGAGAGACGCGGCUUUGAAAUUCUCACGGUCAGCUGCGCAACAGACAGAAAAUUAGUUUGGAAGGAAACAGCAACGUUUUGCUGAUCAGUUAGUGUUUUUGACUGCUAUAGACACCUUUAUAACACAAGUAUUCUCGUUUGAUCAUUUUAAAGUGGGUCGUCUGUCCCAGAUGUCACUAGUUGUCUUCUAUGAAUUUCUGGAAGUGUUUGGAGUUUUUCAGCUUCAUCCAAAUGCAUCACCAACAAAUAUCAGCAGGACUGCUGAGAAAACAUGACUGUGCCUUUAAUUCACUCUGCCAUGCCAAGCAACAAACUGAUGUCAUUUCACGAUUGUGCUGUUUAUUGACACUUUCUGGUGAAAUGUGCGGCAUUUUCUAUAUAUUAAUAGUACUUAAUGUUAUAAUUGCUGCACAUAGUCUUACUAAUGUGUUGUUGGUUAUAUAAUCUGGCAGACUGGUAAUGUAAACCUGUAACUGUUUGACCUCCUGUUUAAGAGGAUUUAGUGUCUAUUGAAUGUGUACACAUGAGUGAACAUUGUCCAUCGUCUGUGUAACAAAGGGUUUUUACCUCAUGGUCAAAUGCUUGAAUAACUAUUCAUGUUAAUAUCCGGGUUAAAUACAAGUUAAGUUGUUUGGACAGCAUCUGGUCUCCGUUUGUAAAAGCAAUCAUAAAAACGCACAUACAGAAAUGCACAUACACUCUACUGUACACCUGGCCCAUAGACUUCCACUGUAAGUGCAUAACUGUCAACUCAAACUGAUGUUUGCUUUUAUUAACUGAGAUAUGAGUCAAAAGCGAAUGCCGCUGAUGCUGUUGAUAGAGCGUAAAGGGAAAUAUUCCUUUAAGAGCACAAAUGUUGUGUCUGUGCCUCCUUUUUCAUAUUCCUGUUUAAAAAGAUGAACUUUAUGUUUAUUAGUAGAAAGUUGUUUGGUCCGAGAUGUCAAAUAAAUAUGGCUGUGUCUUACAUGG